GUGCGCUCCUGAGGCGCCGGGCGCUCCCGCCACGGGAAGAUGGCGCUGGAAGCGGGCGACAUGGAAGAUGGGCAGCUUUCCGACUCGGACUCCGACAUGGUGGUCGCGCCCAGCGACAGGCCGCUGCCGGUGCCGAAGGCUCUAGUGGGGGACAGCGCCAUGAGGGGCUUCCAGAGCGCCACAGCAGCGUGUGCACCAGCAGCACACUACCGGACUGUUCAAAGUGUGGAUUCAAGUGAGGAGAGCUUUUCUGAUUCUGACGAUGAUAGCUCUCUUUGGAAACGCAAGAGGCAGAAGUGCAUCAACCCUCCUCGCAGGCCAGAGUUUGACCAGGGCGGUCAGAAGCCGCCUGCUGCCGGCGGAAAGAAGGUGAACAACAUCUGGGGCGCUGUGCUGCAGGAACAGAACCAGGAUGCCGUGGCCACUGAACUGGGCAUCUUGGGCAUGGAGGGCACCAUCGACAGGAGCAGGCAGUCGGAGACAUACAACUAUCUGCUUGCUAAGAAACUUAGGAGGGAAUCUCAAGAACAUACAAGAGAUUUAGACAAAGAGCUGGAUGACUAUAUGCACGGUGGCAAAAAGAUGGGCUCAAAGGAAGAGGAGAAUGGGCAAGGUCAUCUCAAACGGAAACGACCCGUCAAAGACAGAGUAGGACCCAGGCUAGAAAUGGACUAUAAAGGCCGGUAUGAGGUCACGGAGGAAGAUUCUCCAGAGAAGGUGGCUGAUGAAAUUGCUUUCAGGUUACAGGAACCGAAGAAAGAUCUGAUUGCACGGGUAGUAAGGAUAAUUGGAAACAAAAAGGCAAUUGAACUCCUGAUGGAAACUGCUGAAGUCGAACAAAAUGGUGGCCUUUUUAUAGUGAAUGGGAGUCGAAGAAGGACACCAGGUGGAGUUUUUCUGAAUCUUUUGAAAAAUACCCCAAGUAUCAGCGAGGAGCAAAUUAAGGACAUUUUCUAUGUUGAAAAUCAAAAGGAAUAUGAAAAUAAAAAAGCUGCAAGGAAAAGGAGAACACAGAUACUUGGGAAAAAGAUGAAACAAGCCAUUAAAAGUCUAAAUUUUCAAGAGGAAGAUGAUACCUCACGAGAAACUUUCGCAAGUGACACAAACGAGGCGCUGGCGUCUCUUGAUGAACCCCAGGAAGGACACGGAGAAGCCAAGCUGGAUGCAGAGGAGGCCAUUGAGGUGGAUCACUCUCACGAGCUCGACAUCUUUUAAGUACCUUUUGGACAUCUGAGGAAUAAGCCUUUCUAAGAUAUCAACAUAAUAAUUUCUACUGAGAUUGCUUUGUUUUACUUUGCACUGAAGUACAUAGAGAGAACUGUUCCUUGUUUUAAAUAAAAAAUGUGGGAGACAAAAGCAAUUAACAUUUAACAAUGGCUAAUGGCUGCUGAAACACUGAAGUCUCUAACACAAGUUUAAUUCUCAGUCGGCUGCGUGUGAACUGCUGUGAGAAGCACUCGGUGAUUACCAGUUGUGGCUAGGUCAUAACAUGCCAUUCACAUGUUCAUUUCUUUUUGUGAUUUAUCUUUGGUGAAUUAUGCUUUGAUUUAAAAACAUUCCGUUAAAAGAUCCAGACCAGAUGCUCAGAUUGUUAGGCUGUCACUAAUGCAUUCAAAAUUGUUUUUCUAUAUCCAAGAACUCUUAGGCAGUUGUAAGAAUAGAGACUAAUUAGGUUUAGACUAAUUUUUCCUCCCACAUACUGUUUAUCCAGAAGUAAAUAAAUGUCAGAAACUUUACGAAGAAA